GAUAUCAUAUGUAGAGCGCUUGACUCCAAGCGCUAAAAGGAGACUCUCUCUUAAAGCUCGAGAGAGUUCGUUCUCUCUUUUUUAUUUUUUGGUGUUCGGGGUUUUCCCGUAACUCAUCGGGGGAACCGAGCACGGGUUCCAAUGAGAAUAUUGGGAAUACUUUCUCUGUUCUUGCUGUUAGCUGCCACAGUCUGCCAUGGAGACGACACGACUGUGGAGGUCGUUGGUGCCAUGGAAUGUAGCGACUGUGCGCAGAGAAACGUCAAGCUCAGCCAGGCAUUUUCUGGGAUUCGAGUGAGCAUUGAGUGCAAGACCGCGAAAGGCAAGUUCGAGCACAGAGCAGUUGGGGAGUUGGAUGGAGAGGGCAAGUUCCAGGUCUCGCUCCCAGAGGAGAUGGUGGAAGGUGGCAAGCUCAAAGAAGAGUGCUAUGCACAGCUUCACAGUGCACAAGCCACCCCAUGCCCUGCCCAUGAUGGCCUAGAGUCUUCAAAGAUAGUCCUCAAGUCCAAAGCCAAUGGCAAGCACACUUUUGGCCUAUCUGGCAAGCUCAAGAUUGCAUCCUCCACUUGUGCUUCAGCCUUCUUUUGGCCCUUCUUCAAUUACCCUCCGUUUACAAAGUUGCCUCCAGUAAAGGAUUUUGGCCACCCAUGGCCCCCAUUCCCACCAAAGACCCUCCCUCCUUUCCCACCGAAAGUACUACCUCCAUUCCCUCCAAUCUACAAGAAGCCCCUCCCUCCGUUCCCACCGAAGGUACUCCCCCCAUUCCCUCCAAUCUACAAGAAACCCCUCCCUCCAUUCCCUCCAAUCUAUAAGAAGCCCCUCCCUCCGCCGGUGCCGUUCUUCAAGAAGCCUCUCCCUCCGCCAAUCCCUGUGUUCAAGAAGCCAUUGCCGCCACCAGUGCCAGUGUACAAAAAGCCAUUGCCACCUCCAGUGCCGGUGUACGAGAAGCCGCUCCCGCCACCUGUACCAGUGUUCAAGAAGCCGUUGCCUCCCCCAUUGCCACCUCCAGUGCCGGUGUACGAGAAGCCGCUCCCGCCACCUGUACCAGUGUUCAAGAAGCCGUUGCCUCCCCCAGUGCCGAAAUUCAAGAAACCACUCCCACCACCGAUCCCCAAGGUGAAGAAACCAUGCCCACCCACAAUUCCAAAGUUCAAGAAGCCGCUUCCGCCGCCAUUCGAGAAGCCGCUACCACCCCCAGUCCCCGUAUUUAAGAAGCCGCUUCCGCCGCCAUUCAAGAAGCCGCUCCCACCCCCAGUCCCUGUAUUCAAGAAGCCGCUGCCACCCCCAAUCCCCGUAUUCAAGAAGCCCCUUCCCCCGCCAUUCAAGAAGCCGCUACCUCCCCCGAUCCCCAUAUUCAAGAAGCCGCUGCCACCCCCAGUCCCCGUAUUCAAGCCGCUUCCCCCGCCAUUCAAGAAGCCACUCCCACCCCCAGUCCCUGUAUUUAAGAAGCCGCUGCCACCCCCAGUCCCCGUAUUCAAGAAGCCCCUUCCCCCGCCAUUCAAGAAGCCGCUACCUCCCCCGAUCCCCAUAUUCAAGAAGCCACUACCUCCCCCAGUUCCCGUAUAUAAGAAGCCGCUCCCACCACCAAUUCCCGUUUUCAAGAAGCCACUUCCGCCGCCUAUUCCAAUCAAACCGCUACCUCCGAUCCCAAAGAUCCCUCCUUUCAGUAAGCCUCUCCCACCACCAAUUCCCGUUUUCAAGAAGCCACUCCCACCACCAAUUCCCGUUUUCAAGAAGCCGCUUCCGCCGCCUAUUCCAAUCAAACCGCUACCUCCAAUCCCAAAGAUCCCUCCUUUCACUAAGCCUCUCCCACCACCAAUUCCCGUUUUCAAGAAGCCACUCCCACCACCAAUUCCCGUUUUCAAGAAGCCGCUUCCGCCGCCUAUUCCAAUCAAACCGCUACCUCCGAUCCCAAAGAUCCCUCCUUUCACUAAGCCUCUACCACCACCAAUUCCCGUUUUCAAGAAGCCACUCCCACCACCAAUCCCUACAUUCAAGAAGCCGCUUCCGCCACCUAUUCCAAUCAAACCGCUACCUCCAAUCCCAAAGAUCCCUCCUUUCAAGAAGUCUCUCCCACCACCAAUUCCUGUUUUCAAGAAGCCGCUUCCGCCACCUAUUCCGAUCAAACCGCUACCUCCAAUCCCGACGAUCCCUCCUUUCACUAAGCCUCCAUGCCCACCACUUCCUAUGCUCCCUCCUUUCCCCACAAUCCCACCAAAGUACUUCAAACACCCCAAACUCGGAAAGUUGCCUGUUCUACCUCCAUUCCCACCUCAUUCUUAGGUUCUUGCAAAAAAUUAUUUCCUGAUAUAAGCAGGACGUCCUUUGAUUUAGCCAAAUACUGAAGGUCUGCUUCAGGAUGCGCUUGCUGUAAUAAUGCCUUCGACUUCGAUCAAUGAAAUACGUGGAGUUAAGAGGAAAAGUGGGAUGGCAUGGUGGAGUGGAGAAAAUAAAAUCAGUGGAUCACAGUUCUUUUCUUUU